GGAUGAAUUCUGGGUUGUUAGCUGCUGUCCUCUGGGCUCCCGGGAGCCAGUUUCUGGUGGAAAGCGGGGCGCCUGGCCAACGACCAGCGGCUUGCUGAGACUCACCAUGACACUCCUGGGGUCUGAACACUCUUUGCUGAUUAGAAGGAAGUUCCGAUCAGUCUUACAGUUACGGCUUCAACAGAGAAGGACCCAGGAGCAGCUGGCUAACCAAGGCUUAAUACCGCGAGCAUCUAUUGGGAGCAAGCUCAGCGAGUACAGAAUACAGCUGUCUUCCUGGGAUGGAAGAGAAGAGGAAAGGAACUGGAAUGGGUUUUAGAGGACCUGGGGACCAGAGCGUUCAUUCUGUGUCCACAGUUUCAGAUAAAGCCAUCUCUGCCUUGAGUGGGGUUUCUGGGCAGCUUAAGUCCAGUGAUCUGAUCAAUGUAAAUGAAUGUCAAGCACUGAAAGGUCCAACUGAAUUCCAUGACCCGAGAAAACAAUUGGAUAGUGCCAAGACUGAAGAUUCCCUGAGGCGCAAGGGCAGAAACAGGUCCGACCGUGCCAGCCUGGUUACUAUGCACAUUCUCCAAGCCUCCACGGCAGAAAGGUCCAUUCCAACUGCUCAGAUGAAGCUCAAAAGAGCCCGCCUUGCAGAUGACCUCAAUGAGAAGAUCGCUCUCCGCCCAGGGCCCUUGGAACUGGUGGAGAAGAACAUUCUGCCGAUGGAUUCUUCCGUGAAAGAGGCUAUAAAAGGUACUGAGGUGAGCCUCUCCAAGGCAGCAGAUGCAUUCGCCUUUGAGGAUGACAGCAGUAGAGAUGGGCUCUCUCCAGAUCAGGCUAGGAGCGAGGACCCCCAGGGCUCUACAGGAUCCACCCCAGACAUCAAAUCCACUGAGGCUCCUCUGGACACAAUCCAGGAUCUCACUCCUGGCUCAGAAAGUGACAAGAAUGAUGCAGCCUCCCAGCCAGGCAACCAGUCAGACCCUGGGAAGCAGGUUCUCGGCCCCCUCAGCACCCCGAUUCCUGUGCACACUGCUGUAAAGUCCAAGUCUUUGGGUGACAGUAAGAACCGCCACAAAAAGCCCAAAGACCCCAAACCAAAGGUGAAGAAGCUCAAAUACCAUCAGUACAUCCCCCCAGACCAGAAGGCAGAGAAGUCUCCCCCACCCAUGGACUCUGCCUAUGCCCGGCUGCUCCAGCAACAGCAGCUAUUCCUGCAGCUACAGAUCCUCAGCCAGCAGCAGCAACAGCAGCAGCAACAGCAGCAGCAGCAACAGCAGCAGCAGCAGCAGCAGCAGCGGUUCAGCUACCCUGGGAUGCACCAAACACACCUCAAAGAACCAAAUGAACAGAUGGCCAGAAAUCCGAAUCCUUCUUCAACACCACUGAGCAAUACCCCUCUAUCCCCUGUCAAAAAUAGCAUUUCUGGACAAACUGGUGUUUCUUCUCUCAAACCAGGCCCCCUCCCACCCAACCUGGAUGAUCUCAAGGUGUCAGAGUUAAGACAACAGCUUCGAAUCCGGGGCUUGCCAGUGUCAGGCACCAAGACAGCGCUGGUGGACCGGCUUCGUCCCUUCCAGGAUUGUGCUGGCAACCCUGUGCCCAACUUUGGGGACAUCACAACUGUCACCUUUCCUGUCACGCCCAACACCUUGCCCAGUUAUCAGUCCUCCCCGACAGGCUUCUACCACUUUGGCAGCACAAGCUCCAGCCCACCCAUCUCCCCCGCCUCAUCUGACUUGUCCGCUGCAGGGUCCCUGCCAGACACCUUCACCGAUGCGUCACCUGGCUUCGGCCUGCACGCAUCUCCGGUGCCCGCCUGCACGGACGAGAGUCUGCUGAGCAGCCUGAAUGGGGGCUCGGGCCCCUCCGAGCCUGAUGGGCUAGACUCUGAGAAGGACAAGAUGCUGGUGGAGAAGCAGAAAGUGAUCAACCAGCUCACCUGGAAGCUGCGGCAAGAGCAGCGGCAGGUGGAAGAGCUGAGAAUGCAACUGCAGAAGCAGAAGAGCAGCUGCAGCGACCAGAAGCCACUGCCCUUCUUGGCCACCACCAUCAAACAGGAAGAUGUCUCCAGCUGCCCCUUCGCACCCCAGCAGGCGUCUGGGAAGGGACAGGGCCACAGCUCUGACAGUCCCCCUCCGGCUUGUGAGACGGCUCAGCUGCUGCCUCACUGUGUGGAGUCCUCAGGUCAAACCCAUGUACUCUCGUCCACGUUUCUCAGCCCCCAGUGCUCCCCUCAGCACUCGCCCCUGGGGGGCCUGAAGAGCCCGCAGCACAUCAGCCUGCCUCCAUCACCCAACAACCAUUACUUCCUGGCUUCCUCUUCGGGAGCUCAGAGAGAGAACCAUGGGGUCUCUUCACCCAGCAGCAGCCAAGGGUGCGCACAGAACUCAGGGGCACACGAAGGCCAUUCUUCUAGCUUCUCUUCCCCAGCUUCCAGCCUCCAUCAGCCUUUCUCUGGCACCCAAGCAGACAGCAGUCACAGUGCUGGGCUCAACCCUUGUCCCAAAAGCCCAAGUAUUCAUCCAAAGAUGACUGGUUUACAAUCUUCUGACAAGGUGGGGCCAACGUUUUCAAUUCCAUCCCCAACUUUUUCUAAGUCAAGUUCAGCAGUUUCAGAUAUCACCCAGCCCCCAUCCUAUGAAGAUGCAGUGAAGCAGCAAAUGACUCGGAGUCAGCAGAUGGACGAACUCCUGGAUGUCCUCAUUGAAAGUGGAGAAAUGCCAGCCGAUGCCAGGGAAGAUCAUUCAUGUCUUCAGAAAAUUCCAAAGAUCCCUGGGUCCUCCUGCAGCCCAACUGCCAUCCCCCCGAAGCCCUCGGCUUCCUUUGAGCAGGCAUCUUCGGGAGGCCAGAUGGCCUUCGAUCACUACGCCAACGACAGUGACGAACACCUGGAAGUCUUAUUGAAUUCUCACAGCCCCAUCGGAAAGGUGAGCGAUGUUACCCUCCUCAAAAUCGGAAGCGAGGAGCCUCCUUUUGACAGCAUCAUGGAUGGCUUCCCAGGGAAGGCUGCGGAAGAUCUCUUCAGUGCUCACGAGCUCUUGCCUGGGCCCCUCUCCCCGAUGCAUGCACAGUUGUCACCUCCUUCUGUGGACAGCAGUGGUCUGCAGCUGAGCUUCACGGAAUCUCCUUGGGAAACAAUGGAAUGGCUGGACCUCACUCCACCUAGUUCCACGCCAGGCUUCAGCAACCUUACCUCCAGUGGGCCCAGCAUUUUCAACAUCGAUUUUCUGGAUGUUACAGAUCUUAAUCUGAAUUCCCCUAUGGAUCUCCACUUACAGCAGUGGUAAACACCCGAGGUACAAGAGCUACGAGAGCUCAGUGGGAAUUCAAUGGAGGAAAGCACGAUACCGGAAAUGUGUGUUCCAAAAGAUGAAGUGGGGAAAAUGGGGAGGGAAAAAAAAAAACAGCAACGGAGGUUUUUGUGACAACUAACCAGAACAAACAGAAGUCAGCUAUUAAAAUAUGUCUAAAUGUAAUAUCUACCAGCAUUCAGUAACUGUUAAUAACUUCAGUGAUGCAUUCAAAAAUGUGCUUUGUCAGAAUAAGAAUGCCAAAAAUGUUUUUUCGCUGCCUUAUCUCAUACCAGUUUUUUUGGGGUUUUUUUUGUUUGUUUGUUUUUUGGUUUUUUUUUUUUUUGUGUUGUUAUUUGGUUUUCUUUUUGCCCACAGUUUGUCUCAGGCAAUACUGGGACAUAGACUGACCCCAUUAGCUUUUGUUAUGAAUUUACUAAACUUUCUGUGGAAGGAGAACAGAGCCUCUGCCGCGGGUGUGGGGAAGCCAUCCUGUGCUUGAGGCAGCACACGUGUGUCCAUCAUCAUCAGUCAGAAGAGCAGGGCCUGUCUCACCCAAUCGAGUCCUUAAGACAGAAUAAUCAGAAUGGUCAGAGGGACAGACCAAUCAAUUCCCAGGAAAGCAAAAGUGACUCAAUGUCCCUUGACUCCCAAAUGGUCCCACUGGACUGGUGAUCACUGGUGACAACUAACUAGCUUUGUCCAGAGAAUCCACCCAGAACACGGUGCUUUUUAGCCAGUAGUCCACCUCUAUGUGCAUCAGCAAUGCAUAGCAGGUGAGAACUUGAAUCACAGAAACUUCAUGCCAUGGAUGGAGACUCCUGAGGCGCUCAAAUACUACUACCUCUAGUUCCAAAGACUAGAGCUAGAUGAUCAGAAAGGCAACUGGAGGCCCAGGGAGCCGUACUGGGACAAGUUAGAAUUAGAGAACGAUGUCAUUUAACAUUCCGAGAAAGAAAUAACCAUGAAUUGCUAUUACAGGAGUAACACACAGGGCCAGCUUCUUUUUCUUCUUUUUUAUUUUUCUUUUCUUAUUGUGAGCAGAGGGAAUUCACCUCAGUUCAUCUUUCUCUCAGUACUUUUCUUUCAAGAUAUCAAUCCUUUAUGACUCUUUUGCUUUUAAUUCUCUCUCUCUCUCUCUCUCUCUCUCUUUCUCUCAAAGGAGAGGUUUCAGUUCUAACAAGCUACCAUACUCCUAUUAAAGCCAUUUUUUUUUUUAGAAUAUUAAAAGUCCAAACUCUCUUGCCAAACUCUUUCUUCACAUGCGCAUUGGCUGAAAACAGAAUUUACAAGAAUUUCUUUAGGAAGAAACUGGGGAUGUGGCCCAUUGGUCACAAAGUUUUUUUGUUUGUUUUUGUUUUUGUUUCAAUUCUUGUUUGAUUUAUGGACAAUCUUUGGUUUGUAUUGCUCUGGAGAAAUUGGAAAUCAUUGCAGAGUGAAGAUAAAUCAGGGCACCAUGUAUAGUAGAGAAUAUUUCAGUAGUUUUCCAAACGAGAACACAAUUGCACACUGUAAACAACAGGAGUGUGAAGGACCACAGUCUUGAGGAGUUCUUGUUGCCCUGCGUUUGGUGAAGGCGUUGGGGACCGAGGAAGACAACAUACAGUUUGGCCAAGGCUCUCAGAGGCUUGCUGUGGCGCCAAUUCAAGUAUUACAAUGUUGCAUGCUGUAGAAAGUAGCUGUUGCUGUUGUUUUGUUUUGUUUUAAUUUAAGUCACCAAGGCACUGUUUUAUUCUUUUGUAAAAAAAAAAAAAAGUUCACUGUGCACUUAUAGAGAAAAUAAUCAACAAUGUUGUGAAUUUUUGAGAAGACUUUUUUUUUUUUUUUGAUAAACCAAAGAUUUAGAAAUCAUUCCAUUGUCAACUUGUAAAAAAAAAAAAAUGUUUGAACACUGAGUGUUUUUGGUGACUGCUACUCUGGAAGCCACCAGAUCUUCUGGUAGGGAAGGAAACACAGAUGUGUACACACAUGUAGUUCUAUACAUGUGCCUAUGGAGUAUGUCUAUACACACAUACACAUAUGUAUGCAACUAUGUGUGUGUGCACAUAUCUGAAAGGUGGCAUUCAGAGGGCCUCCGACCCUCAGUCCGCUGUGAAUGAUGCGGAGCCUUUUGUCACUACGAGUUGCUGAUUGAUCAACCAGACUCCAUGUUGCCUCUCUGUAUAUGACUUAGGACGCCAACUCAAUGCUCACAGCCACGUGCUGCAGGGGAACAAGCUCCUCCUGACAAUGAGUAUGGAUUUGAGAGGACAAAGCCCGGCAGUGAGUUUGGAUGUGAUGGGAUAGAGUGGCUUCACCAUCCUGUGGCUGCCAAGGCUAGGGCCUUCUCUUACAGAAGAGUCUAAAGGGAGUAUGAACUUUGUUCUGACAUUCCUUGAUCUGCGUUGUGCUUGAAAGGCUCUGCGUGAUACACUUUCCCUCGUGUUUGUAUGCAAUCAGAACCACAGAUCCAGAGAUAAAGCUUAGCAUGAAGAUGAAGCUGGGGGAGGAACCUUAUUGCCACAUUCCAAACACUGGUUUGACCUCCGACGCUGAUGUUGCAUUUGAGUCUGGAUGAAGCUUCCUGCUCUGUACAUUUUUCUUUAGGCUUUGGCUGAACCAUGUAUGUUAUCCCCUUCUUGCUUCUUUGGAAAACAAAUCCACACAGUGUCUUGCCUCUGAGACCUUCUCUGAGUGCUGAUAAUUUUCCCUUUGGGUAUCCCUGUCUGAGAGAUUGGUUAGACAGCUCUGUUUUUUAGUUAGACUGUGGGGAACUUUUUAAAAUAGUAUCCAAACUGACACACACACUUCACACUAGACGAAAGGGAAGAUGGCUCUGGUUUGCUAGUGCAAGCCAGUACAGCUAGAAUGGGCCCCUGGAUACUUGGCCUCAGCUUGCUCCUGCAAUCUCCCCAGGCCAUGUGCAUAUACCCUGUCUUCACAGCACAGGUAGCAGAUUGGAGUAGCUGUGAGAAGAUUGAUGAAGACCGAUCAAAUACGUGCCUUCAGCUGUCUCCUAUUGUGGCUUUUAAGUUCCUUUUAUUAAUCAGUCAAGUCCUCUUGUGGUGGCAAUGUGACAAGCUAAGAGGUGUGCAGAGAUGGUCACCCUUGGGUUUAGCAAUGUUUCUAGAGCCUCAAGUGACCACAUAGUUAGGAGGUCUGUAAUAUCCCCAUGGUAAGCUCAGUUUUGGCAGCCAUUCCUACUGUAGCUACAGGACAACAGGUCCUUCUAGAUCUAAAGGAGCUCAGAUUCUCCCCAUGCAAGUUCUUCCAGUAAACUAGGGUUCAGUAAUUAUGCCUGUGUCCUAAAUGUUAUCAAGACAAUGGGGUUGAGGGGGAAAAGUGAAGAAGAAAGGAGACAGAGGAAGAGGAGGGAGGGAAGAGGAGGGAGUAAGCAGAUGGGAGAGGAGGAGAAGGAGGGGACAGAGGAAGGAAAGAAGCAAGGAAGGAAGAGAGAGGGAAUGAAGGAGAGAGAGAAGGAGAAAGGAAGGAGGCAGGGAAGCAAAGGAAGGAGAAAAGAAAAUCAUGACCCAACUUCUUGACCCAUGAAACUCUUGGUUCAGCUAUGACGCCAUAGUACAAAAAGUAAAAGACAAGAGUGGAAGACAGCACCCAUUCUGAGCAAUGGAGUGAUUCCCUCUGCAAUCAGGAGCCUCAACACAUCUUCUAGUGGAAGAGUCCUAUAGACCUGCAGCCUGUGCCUUUCACAAACAUUAGCUGGGGACAAGAACAAUUAAAAUCUACCCCAAGCUUUUAAAACAAUUCUUCUCCAAAGCUAUCUAUUUUAUGUUCAAUCAGCUUUCCUAGAGCUAAUAAGGCCGAAAACUCCCUCGUGACCCGUACUACCCAGGGCGUGGCCAUUUGGUGAGCGCCACAGAGCACACAAAACCUUCAGGGGUUGAUUCAGCAUGGGUGUUGAACAUCUGAGGGAUUGCAGCUCCUCUAAGCAAGAAUGCUGAGACCCUCUGAGACUCUCUCAGCUCUUUGCACUCAAAUUGUCUUAGCAGUGAUAAAGGGCUCUUGAUUUUUCCAGAAACUGGAGUUUUUGGUUUUGCUUUUUUUUUUUUUUUUCUUUUCAUGAAAAGCUACUAGCACACAAGCUUGUCUCUUCUUCCAGGGUCACAGGACAGUAGUGUAGGUUCAGAGGCAGAUGCUUCUGAGACUUCCCUAGACAGAGACGUCAACAGACAUGGAAGAGACAGUCCCAUUGUGCUGAGAACACGGUCAUGUGGGUCCAGAGGCCCUCGCUAGGAGAGGAGACUCUGUCAGGAAAUGGGUUCAAGACAGGAAGGAAUUUGAGAAGACCUUUGUUGCUGCCUGGCAGGGAUAUUGUUCUAGGAUUCACUGGAUUCGAUGAGCACGAACGAGCUCCCUUCUGAUCAUAAGGAAUCAAUGGUCCCCCCACAAGUAACCCCCUGCAGGGCUCUGGGUCCCAUGAUGGGCAUCAGGAGGCCACACUUCCCCUGGAUGGUUUAGAUGGCCUCACGUGCAAAGGUGCACAGCAAGGGGACCCAGAAACACUCUUUUAAAUGUUUUCCAAAGGAGCAAACCCCACACUGCUCCAAGGGCUCUGUUCCAAUGACCUUGUCAAAAGGUCCAAGGGCAAAGGGCUUCUGAGAGAGCAACUCUCACUGGAACACGAAGCAGUGUUCUGGGAAGAACAGGGAAACAAGCAUGGUUCUCUCAGCCUCUGCGUGGUGGUGUUUUCAUAUUGGUCUCCUUUGCUCAGUAUAGUCUGAGAGAAAUGUGGCUCACUGGGAGAGCAAAGGAGCAAUGGCUAAAAUACCAAAGUUGGCAUGUGUCUUUUUUUAAAAAAAUGCAUAUAUUUUUAAAUAAAAUGUUUAUUUUAACGAGA